AUGUCGCAGGCUGAUCAGCAGCCGGUGCCUCCGGCCGGCCAGCAUUACAGCGGCCGGAACCGCGUGCCCAAUGUUCGCGAGUUCAUGGAACAGUUGGAUUCGAACAAGAAGAAGCGUGAUGCCGAGAUUGACGAACAGCUCAAGCAGAAUAACGUCCAUGGAGAGACUAAGGACCACAAGAAUGACAGAGCCGAAGCUCUUCGACAGCAAAAAGACAUCCGCACCGUGCGUGAUCCUGUAACUGGAAAGGAUGUUGGUAUUCGAGACGCAGACAUUGAUUUCAAGGAAGCCGUUGAGAACCCCCAGCUAUCUGUCCCCAACGAGAACCUCGGAAAGCCUGCCACUAUUGCAACUUCUUCGAAAAUGUCUGGUGAAGAGUACCGUUACGCCCAAGACGUCACUGCGCCCCCAGACCCUGUCAAAGAGGGUGCUACAUCUGAUGUGCCCAUUAGAAGCGAGAAGACAUCCGUGGUGUUCUACAAGACCCCCUCAGUCAGCUAUGAACCCAUGUUUGCAAUUCUCGAGGCGCGCAGCAAUGUCUUGUGCGCUGGUAUUUUCUGUGCCAUUGUCUUUAUGGGCAAGAUGUUUGGUGGCCGCCUUCUCGGUCUCGUCCCUUUGGGUUUCUGCGUCGCUUCAGGAGUGUUCCUCUGGACAAAGGACUUGAUUCGCCAAGGCAGAGAUCUCGAAUGGUCGAGUGAGCAAGACCGUGGCGAGACUGCCACCGCAAACCUGAUCCCUGAGUCAGUCGAAUGGAUGAACACAAUGCUCGGAAUCAUGUGGGGGCUGAUCAACCCCGAGAUGUUUGCUGGUGUUGCCGAUACUCUCGAAGAUGUUAUGGCUGCCUCUGUUCCUGGUGUUAUCGAGAACGUCCGCGUCGCAGAUAUCUCUCAGGGCAACAACCCCAUUCGCAUUCUCAACAUGCGCGCUCUGCCAGAUUCGCAUGUCCAAGAUAUCAAGGAUGAGCAGCACAAACAGAACGAGAAGAAUACCGACCCUGAGGAGCUGGCAGCCAAUGAGCAAGCUGGCUCUUUCUACAACCUUGAAGUCGCCAUUGCCUACCAUGCUAAGCCCUCAGGUGCGGACAUCGCAUCCAAGGCCCGCAACAUGGGCAUGCAGCUUGUUUUCUAUCUUGGUAUCAAGGGUCUAUUCGGUGUCCCACUACCUAUUUGGGUCGAACUCCAGGGUCUUGUGGCAACCGCUCGAAUCCGACUCCAGCUGACCCCUGACCCUCCAUUCCUCAAGACUCUGACUUUCACACUGAUGGGAAUUCCCAAGGUCCAGGCUGGAUGCACACCCAUGAUUGAGAAGGGUGUCAACAUUCUAAACCUACCUCUUAUCUCCAACUUCGUCAACUGGGCCAUUGGCGCUGCCGCAUCCAUGUAUGUGGCUCCCAAGAGUCUGUCGCUAGAUCUCAGCAAGAUGCUUCAGGGUGACGACAUCAAGAAGGAGACUUUGGCUCUUGGUGUCAUGUUUGUCCGCAUCCACAAGGCUACUGGCCUCAGCAAACAAGAUCAGCGUGGAAGCAAGGGCGGUGGUUCUGACCCAUACAUCACCAUUGCCUGGAGCAAGUUCUCCAAGCCUCAGUUCUGUACUCGAGUGAUCCAGGAUGACUUGAACCCCGUUUUCGAGGAGACCGCUGGUCUUCUUGUCACUGCCGAUCUCCUUAAAGCUGACGAACAGCUUUCGGUUGAGCUUUGGGAUAGUGAUCGAUCUUCUGCUGACGAUGUUGUUGGCAAGGUUGAGCUCAGUAUCCAGAAGCUUAUCCAGCACCCGGGUAAAAUGUUCCCUCAAGUGUCCAAGCUUCGUGGAGUUAAGGCUGAGAGCGAGAUGCCUGGAGAGCUUCACUGGGAAGUGGGAUUCUUUGGAAAGACCCAAUUCCGUAAGGCUCUUCGAACCGAUGGCCGCGAUCUCAAUCUUCCUAAGGAACUUGCAGACAAGCCUGAGCUCCAGGAGGAGAAGGGUGCUAUCGACACAAAGGAGGAAGAUGCUGUCAUCCACACCCCCCCUGACCCAUUGUGGCCUUCUGGUGUUUUGAGCAUUGUUGUUCACCAGAUUGUUGGAUUGGAAUUGGCUAAUAUCAAGGGUUCCAAUGGCAAGAGAAAGGGCAGAGAGUAUGAGCCUGCUCGCCCCGAGGCUGGUGAAGUUAAGGAGGAGCAGUCCAAGACUCUUCCUAGCUCUUACUGCACCAUUCUCCUGAACGACGAUCUUGUUUACAAGACCCGAACCAAGGUUGUUUCUUCUCAGCCAAUUUUCAACGCUGGAACCGAGAAGUUCAUCCGUGAUUGGCGUUCUGCUAUUGUCACUGUGGGCGUCCGUGACUCGCGUAACCGUCAACACGACCCUCUCAUUGGAGUCGUGCCUCUGAAGCUCACCGAUAUCCUUCAAACCAGCAGUGAGUCAACCAGAUGGUAUCCUCUGGAUGGAGGUAUUGGCUUUGGCCGUAUUCGUAUCUCCCUGUUGUUCCGUUCCGUUGAGCUUCGCCUCCCUCCUCCUCAACUAGGUUGGGAUAUUGGAACUUUCGAGUUCUUGUCCAAAACUAUCACGACAACUGGAUAUGCUCCUUCGAACCACGUCAAGAUUCGUCUCCGCACUGGAGGCUCAUCUGCCGGCGUCGGUAAGAGUUCUUCCACACGCGAAGCUGAUGGCAUGUCCUUCAAUAUCAGCGGCGACGAUGGGAACCAGCAAGUGCGCCUACCUGUGCGCCACCGUUAUAGCUCACCUAUCUUUAUGGAAUUCUACCCUAGCGGAAAGCGACACCCUGAUACUUAUGCUGUUCUUUGGCUUCUGGAGCUUGUUGACGGUGAGGAGCAUGACUUUGACAUCCCUGUCUGGAAAUGCAACAACAGCCUGCGACUUUCUCAGAACUACAUCACCGAAGAGAACUACAAGUCUGUUCCUGAUAUUGAGAUGGAACAAGUUGGACGAGUUAGGUUCCAAGGACGCUUCUCCGCAGGAACGGAUUCCGAUCACAUCAAGUUUGCCAGCACAAACGACGAUCGCGAGACGAUUGAGACUUGGGAAGCUUGCUACGCGGAAGGAGUGCGCCAGCAGGAUGUUGCGACAGAAGUGCCUCCUGUCAUUCAGAAGCUCCACGAGGAGUCAUUAACUCAUGGCCGUGACGUUCUCGCUCAAGCUGACGAGAAGCAGAAGGCCAAGUGGCUUGCCAAGGAUGGUACUGACUGGAGCGGAGCGUUUGGUCAAGAUCCGUCUUCCCUGAUGGCGAGAGAAAAGCAACACAGCAAAGACAGUGAGGAGUACGACGACUUUGACGAAGAUGACGACUCAGAUCCUGAUCUUGGCAUCCAAGACGGAGAUACCGAACCUACCGAUUCUUCUGAUAACGGUCGCCAAUCGGUUGAUACCACAGGCACAAACGCAACAAGCGCCACCACCGAUUCACAAGCCAGCACUAGCAGCAUGAACCCCAUCAAAAAGAUCAAGUCAUACCGCUCGGACAGUCGCGACAUGCAUCGCAAGCACCGUGGCCUCAUGCAGUGGCGACCGAUGCGCAACCUGCAGUUUGCCAAGGACGAAGCCAAAUUCGCAGUUCGAAAGGUGGCCAAGCUUGGAGCUCUGGAUGGUCGAAAGCCUGAUGUUGAGACUGAGAUUUAA